UCUUCCUGACCUCGAACGUUCCAAGAUCUUGAUCCUUCACUCUACAUAUUGUAAGUACGACAACUCAUCGUGAUAUUCCCACUCACACAUACAUCCCAACGGGCCGUGGUAUUGCUUGCACCCCAUUCUCCAUUCGCGUCCUCCCUUCGCUUCGUCCUCAGACUUUCCGGACAUAGGACGAACCACAAUGGCGUCUACUACCGUCACGACCUCUCCCAACAAAGCCUUCCUGGAUGCAUUCAUCUCCCUCCUCUCUCGCUCCUACCUGACCACGCCAUUGACCACCGCCUUCAUCACCGAGAUUGACGGGACACCUCCAACUGCGAAUCCCGACGAGGUGAUCACUCCGCAACGACUGAGCCAACAUUUCACGCUGGGAAUCACAGCCGCAGCCAGGAGCAAUGUCGCCUUGAUCCAGAGCGGAGACUUCUCUGCCGCCGCGCUUUGGGAACCACCUGACUUUUGCGGCAUCCCGCCAUCGCAGGCUCGCCGCAAUCCAGGACCGAUCCUGCAGGAAUGGCGCAGCACCGCGCGCAAACUCAAGGCCAAGUACCUCUCGUUGCCCGACCAGGGUCCGCACAGUUGGGACCAGCCCGCGGCGCCGAGUCAGUCGUCGGGUGCGCCUUCGGAGGACCCAUACCCCGCAGACUUCAACAAGGAUGUCGACUUCGAGACGAGACCCUUUUAUCAUCUUGCCAUGUUGGCGAGAGAUCCGGAUCUCGAUCCAAAGGAGAGCUUUGCGGCCGCAAAGGCGUGCAUGGAUCACUUCGUCAAGAAGGCCAAAGAGGAGGAAGUGCCAAUAUACCUGGAGACGGCCAGUGAGGCUUCCAAAAAGGAAUACGAAGAUCUGGGAUUUCGGGUGUGUGAAGAGGUGGUGAUAGGAAAGGGCAGGGUCAAUGCCAAGGGUUGGCCUCAGGAAGGGGGUGAGGGUGUCAAAACUUGGGCAAUGAUUUGGGACGAACACCUGCAGUAAGACAUUUCUUCCCAGGAAGGAAUUACGUACAUGGCCUUUGGGGAAAUAUGGAUCAUAGUCCAAUGCUGGAAAGUUGCAAGGCAUCCGAGCGAUCCAAACGGCCCAUGAUGAAUUUUUGGUCAGUAAAUCUAGGUAAAAGAAGCUGAGACUAUAUCUUUCCCUUUAAAAGAU